AUGCUGUAAAAAAGAAUUUAAUAAUGCUUUGGUUAAAUUGUAAAGUAGUAGAUUUAAAAGACAGAAUCUCUUAAACAAAUGUUGGAUCCAAAGUUAGAGAAACCGAUAAUUGUGACAGAGUAAGACUAAGAUCAUAAAUAUGUCUAAGAUUAUACAAAAUCACCAACCAAAAUGGAAUUUGUAGAAGAAGACCCUUUAUCAAAUACAAUAACAGCAAAAAUAGUUAAUGAUGGUAAAGAGAUUACUUAUACAACAAAUACAAAAACUACAAUUGAAAUGAAGCAUAAUCCUCUUGCACUUAAAGCAAUGACUGAAAGUUAAGUUGCUAUAGAUGAAAUUAAUGUUGUUAGUAUGAAAUCUAAUGUAAUUGGAUAACAAUUCAGAUAAGCAGAUUUAGGUAGUGUUUUUGUAAUGCCAGAAAACACUAUUCAUAUAAGUGAAGUUGAUGUAAAUAAUAUACCAGCAGAUAAAGAUAUAUAAUUAGAUAGAGAAGAGAAAAUACUCUAUGCUAUUGGAACAAAGAGCAAUGAAACAAGUUAUUCAGAUAAAUUAUCUCUUAAUAAUACAAUCAUAGAAGAUGUCACUUUUUAAGAAUACAAAGAUAAAUACCUCUAUAAAAUUGAAUAACCUUUUGCUUAUUUAAGCAGAGCCAAAGCUCUUAAAAGAUUUAUUAGGUGGUUACCUAUAUAUUUUGUUAUGUUCUGUUUUUUAGAAACAUGGUGGGAAGUACAUCAUCUCAAAAAGUAUAUAUACAGCCUUGAAGUUUAAGAAUUAGAUCAAUCAAAAGAAAUCAUAAAUGCAAAGUAAAUUGAAUUGCUGCUCAAUGAUCCUUUAUUUAAGAGAUUCUGA